AUGUCCAGAGAGUCGAGAGCGCAUCAACGUGAUGAUUCGAGAAUUCGAGUCGCCCGAAUGUAUCUGUCUGUAGCCCUUGGUGCACUGCUCAAGCCGUUCUCUGCUGCCAUCGAAUUCCCCGACCUCGAUCUGGCAGCCCAUCGCCAACAAUGGCUACAACUCUUUGGUCGAGAUGACCUGGUUUCAACUAUAUCUAGCAGCAAGCAUGCACCCGUCCCUACCGUGAGGAUGCGAGGAACAUGCACUCUCCCCUAUUAG